UCACAUGAUUAAUACUCUCAAAUGUGAACCUUGUAUGCUUGCAUCCAGCUGUGGAAAUUCUGGGAAAAUACCCGUCAAUGCCCGUUAAUGAUGACGUUAUAUUCCCGCUUGCAACCACGACUUCCUCCUUUUCGGACUUCAUCAAGCAGAUAUGCCAGGACCUGGUUCAACUACUAAGAAAUGUGCUUCUUGUUCUAUGCCACUCAAUGUGGCUUGCAAGACGUGCAAGUACUGCAAAGCAGUGCAGCCCCACAAUCUGCGUUUGAAAAAAAAAAUAGAAAGAUUUGAUUUGAAAUCAGAGACAUGGGCCCAGGCCCAGAAAAAGAAUAACACUUCAUCCCACCUGAUGGAUGACGCUUCUUUGUUGCUGGAAAGGUUUCAGGCCCUUGGCUCCAGGGGUGUGUUAUUUAUAUCCCGCCCUGGAACUAAAUCAUGGACCUGUGAGGUUCUUCUGCCCAGAUGUAAAGUCACUGAAUCAGCAUCUGCCUGCCUAAAGAGGAUGGAGGCGUUGUUUGAAUUUGUUGUGCAAGGUUGGAGUCAGUCAGAGAAAGUAGCAGCCUCAGCAGCAGAGAUCCCACAGCCUCCUGUAGACAACUCACUGGCCACAUCAAGUUAUUAUGGAGCCCCUGCUCUUCCCAUUCCUUCCCCUUCAGCUCCUAAUCUUGACAGUCCUACCCCUCCAGCGCCUACCCUUUCCAUUCCUACCCUUCCAGCCCCUACUCUUUCCUUUCCUACCACUCCAGCUUCUACUCUUCCCAUUCCUACCACUCCAGCCCCUACUCUUUCCAUUCCUACCCCUCCAGUCUCUACUCUUCCCAUUCCUACCACUUCAGCUUCUACUCUUCCCAUUCCUACCCCUCCAGCUCAUACUCUUCCCAUUCCUACCACUCCAGCUUCUACUCUUCCCAUUCCUACCCCCCCAGCUCAUAAUCUUGCCAUCCCUGCUCCUGGAGGAAACAAGAGGAAGAAAAAUAAUGAUUGCUCUCACAGCAGCCAGGAAGUAUUCAAGGGAGAUAUUUUGAAGGAACGAGUUAAAGAGGGAAGGAAGGAAUACCUUCUGAAAUGGCACCCUUGCAGUUUAUGUGGAAAAAAAUGGAGAAGCACCUGGGUGGAGGAGGAUUCCUUCCUUAUGUAGUGUGUGUGUGUGUGUCUGUGUGAGUGUUUAAUAAACCGUUGUUAUAAUGC